AUGAGUCUCCCCAGCCCCAAAUUUUUAUUCUUUUUCCUCUUGGAAACCCUAGUUCCAUUCUCGCCUUCCUCCAUAGCAGGGGUGUUUGCGUCGUGCAAAGCAGCCGCCUCGCAAGUCCCACAGUCGAGUUCUCCCAGCAACGAGCUCCACUCCAGCCUUCGUCUUCCUCCUCCAGCCCAGAUCGAUUCAUCUCUCUACCAUGAAGCUUCAGCCUGCUCCCUCCUCCUCCAACCGACGAAGAAUGAGGUACUGGCCCUUCAGUUUGUGUUCAUUAUUAUUUCAUGUUGCAGCAGCAGUGGAGGGAAUUGGAAUUGGCAGUUGGAGAGUGAUUAUUUCCCCAAGAACAUGGAUCCAAGUAGCUUGCUGUAUGGUUUCUUGAUUUGUUGA